CUGAUUGAGUUUGCUAGCCAAGGGCAAGGGAGGUCAAUCGACAACGGGUCAAGGACUGCUGGUUUAGUAAAUACAAAUAUGGCGAUGUUCAGAGGAUCACGAGAACUUGCAAAGAAACUCAGCACCAAUGUUAACUCAAUUCUUUUAACUGCCAGCUAUCAUAAAAAUGUGAUUGAUCAUUAUGAGAAUCCAAGAAAUGUUGGUUCCCUUGAUAAAGAAGAUAAAAAUGUUGGAACUGGUCUUGUAGGAGCACCAGCAUGUGGUGAUGUCAUGAAAUUGCAGAUUAAGGUUGAUGAAGAUGGUAAAAUUAUUGAUGCCAAAUUUAAAACAUUUGGAUGUGGAUCAGCAAUAGCUUCCAGUUCGCUUGCAACUGAGUGGGUGAAGGGGAAAACGAUGGAUGAAGCUAUGAAAAUAAAAAACACGGAAAUUGCAAAAGAACUUUCGUUGCCACCUGUCAAACUUCAUUGCUCCAUGCUCGCUGAAGAUGCAAUAAAAGCUGCACUUCAGGAUUACAAAAAGAAACAGACAAAUGAACCAUCUCCACCAGUGAAGAAAGCUGCGGCUAAUUAAUUUUUUUGUAAAGCUAUCCAUCUUAGUUUUGAUAAACAUCAUGUGUCUGAUUCAAUAAGAGAUACAAAAAGAAAAAGAAAGCUUUUAUUUGUGAUUAUUACUGGUACAAAAAAAAACAAGGAAUUCACAGGAAAUCCACAGUUUUAGAGGUGCCACUGAGUGGUAGUAGUUGUAAAAAAAAUGUGCAUUUAGGCAUGCAGUCCUACAGUUGUGUGAAAGCAUACACAUAAAAAGAAUUUUAAAUAUUUCAUUAUGUAAUAUAUAUGUGUGGAGCAUUAUGCAGAAACUGAAUAGAUGUUUUUAGAAGUAGAAACCUGUAGUGGAUUUUUUUUUGUGGAAUUUAUUAUUCAGCUAUAACCUGUGACAGAGCACAAAUAAUUAUUUGUUGUAAUGUAAAUAUUUUUGUAAAUAAAGUUUCUGAUCAAGUUUUAA